AUGCCGCCCCCUAGGCAUGCAUGGGGCCCAGGCGACCCCAAUCGCGACUACCAGCUGCUGGCCGGCGACGACGCCGAGGCGCAGCAGCGGGACGGGAGGGCCAAGCAGGUCGCCGCGGGGCGGCUGUUCCGCCUGGCCCGAGAGGAGGCGUGGACGCUGGCGCUGGCAUCGCUGGUGCUGCUGGUGGCCUCCGUGGGCCAGGUGGCCUUCCCCAAGCUGGCAGGCGACCUGAUCGAUGUGGCCAUCCAGCAGCAGGCGGGCGGCAGCGCCGAGGAGGCGAGGCGCACCACCAGCCGCAUCCUCUCCGAGAUUCUGGUGGUGGUGGCGGUGACGGGCGCCGCCGACGGCCUGCGCUCCUGGCUGUUCCAGUCGGCUGCGGAGCGGGUAAUGUACCGCCUGCGGGUGCGCCUGUUUGGCGCGCUGCUGCAGCAGGAGGUGGGCUGGUUUGACCGCUGCCGCACGGGGGAGCUGACCAACCGGCUGUCUGAGGACACGCGCCUGCUCAAGUCGGUGGCCACCACCAGCAUCGCGCAGGCGUUGCGCGCCGCCGCGGUGUGCACGCUGGGGCUCGUCAUGAUGUUCACCACCUCGUGGCUGCUGUCCACCCUCGCCAUCUGCAUCAUCCCGCCCCUCUUCCUCCUCGUCUGGGCCUUUGGCCGCCUGAGCCGGCGGUACAUCAAGGAGCAGCUGGCGGCCAGCGCCGCCGCCGCCACGGUGGCAGAGGAGUGCUUUGGCAACCUGCGCACGGUGCGGUCGUUCGCCAAGGAGGGCGCGAUGCGGGGCAGCUACGAGACGGCCCAGGGGCGCACGCUGCACUACGGGCUGCGCGCGGCGGCGCUAGAGGGCUGCUUCUUCCCGCUCACCAAUUCACUGGCCACCGGAUCAAUCAUGAUGGUGCUGUGGUACGGGGCGCGGCUGGUGAUUGCGGGGCAGCUCAGCGCGGGCCAGCUGUCGGCCUUUGUGGUCUAUGCCAUCUAUGUGUCGGCCAAUGCAGGUGAGGGAGGCAGGAAGGGUGGAGCUAAACUAGGACUAGCAGCAGGGGCUCUGGGCGCCAGCGAGCGGGUGUUCCAGCUGCUGGACCGCCAGCCGCUGCUGGACCUGGCUGGCGGCAAGCAGCGGCCGGUGGGGGUGCCCGAGGGCGGCGAGCUGAGGCUGCAGGGCGUGUGGUUUGCCUACCCCUCCCGCCCGGCAGUCUGGGUGCUGCAAGGGCUCAGCCUGCACGUGGCACCCGGCAACAAGGUGGCCCUGGUGGGGCCCAGCGGCGGCGGCAAGUCCACCGUGGUGGCCCUGAUAGAGCGCUUCUAUGACCCGCAGCGCGGCUCGGUGCUGCUGGACGGGGUGGCGCUGGUGGGCCAGGAGCCCGUUCUGUUUGCCGACACAAUCGCCGCCAACAUCGCGUUUGGCUGCCCCGGCGGCGCCGCCAGCCAGGAGCAGCUGGAGGCGGCGGCACGGGUGGCAAACGCCCACGACUUCAUCUCCGCCUUCCCUCAGGGCUACCGCACGCUGGUGGGCGAGCGCGGCGUGCGGCUGAGCGGCGGGCAGAAGCAGCGCGUCGCCAUUGCCAGGGCGGUGAUCACGAGCCCCAGGGUGCUGCUGUUGGACGAAGCCACGUCUGCACUGGAUGCUGAGAACGAGCACUUGGUGCAGCAGGCGCUGGACCGAGCCUCUGCCGGGCGCACCGUGCUGGUCAUCGCCCACCGCCUGUCCACGGUGCAGGCCGCCGACAGCGUGGCGGUGGUGGUGGAGGGGCGGGUGGCGGAGCAGGGCGGGCAUGGCGAGCUGCUGGCGGCGGGCGGUGUGUAUGCGGCCCUGGUGCGGCGCCAGCUGCUCGUGCCCGGCGGCGCGGAGGCGGCGGCGGCAGAGCGAGAGGUGCCGGGGCUUGGGCGGCAGCAGCCGCAGGAGGGCAGCCCUGCCGGGGGUGCCAGCAAUUUCGAUUGA